UAUAACGUGAGAUGCGCUCGACUGUACUGGUCUCCCUCUCACUCGUUCCAUUGAGGGAAAAACGUUCCUAGUUAUUGGUGAGCACAGAAGCAGAGAGAGAGAGAGAGAGAGAGAGUGUUCUUCUACAGGUCCAAAAACCCACCACGGAUUCUCCUCGUUAUUAGUGAGGGCUCUGAGGGGUGUUCGUUUUCGACAGUGUUUGCAGAAUUCACGGAGUGUCAGUUCAUCGACUGAAUCCCAUCCGUCCGAUCGCUCUCCCAAAGCGAACAUCACCAAUCGUUUUUAAGUUUAAAGCUUAAACCCUCUUUACUACUCCCCUCCCUUCUCUCUCUCUCUCUCUCUCUCUCUCUCUCAGGUAGAAACGCGGUUCGUCGCCGAGUUCCCCUUACUGUUGGGAUGUUUCUUGAUGAACAAAGGUGAAAACUAGGGCUGUAGUCUGGUGGGUGGCCUUUUGCUUUUUUUGGUAAAUGGGCUGCUUCCCGUCCACAGCUAGAAAGCCUUUCCCGGGUCAUGAGGACCCUGUUAUCCUCGCUUCACAGACAGCUUUCACUGUCAGUGAAGUUGAAGCACUAUUUGAGCUGUUCAAGAGUAUUAGCAGUUCUGUGAUUGAUGAUGGGCUAAUAAACAAGGAAGAGUUUCAGUUAGCUCUAUUUAAGAACAAAAAGAAGGAUAACCUUUUCGCAAAUCGGAUCUUUGACCUUUUUGAUGUUAAGCGAAAGGGAGCCAUUGAUUUUGGUGACUUUGUUCGAGCACUCAACGUCUUUCAUCCCAAUGCCCCCGAAGAGGACAAAAUCAACUUUUCAUUUAAGCUUUAUGAUAUGGAUGGCACGGGAUUCAUUGAGCGACAGGAGGUCAAGCAAAUGUUAAUUGCACUUCUUUAUGAAUCAGAACUGAGAUUGGCGGAUGAAACUGUCGAAGCAAUCCUGGAUAAGACGUUUUUGGAGGCAGAUGUGAAUCAGGAUGGGAAAAUUGAUAAAGCCGAAUGGCAAGACUUUGUUUCCCACAAUCCAUCCUUAAUGAAGAUUAUGACUCUUCCUUAUCUCAGGGACAUAACGACAACUUUUCCGAGUUUUGUGUUUCAUUCAGAAGUCGAUGAGACUGCUACAUGAUUUUGUACCUCACUAACGCCCAGCAUCGCACCGGUCAGAAAGCAGUGACCCAAAUUCUUGUGAAACUCUUCGUAGUUCAAAUGAAGCGUAGGAUGGGGCAUGCACUACUCAGCCAAGAACAUUAUAUUUCAACUUGGAGAGGUUAUGAAAAGUAUAAGCCACCAAAUCUGUUAGUUUGGAAGAGUUUCCUGAGGUAGGAAGCUAGAUCCCACCUUACCAACCAAGAAAUUAUAAGGGUGAGAAGGGGUACUUCUUGGCAUUUGAUUGGUAAAAUUGCAUAGGUUGUCUUUUUAUAUAGGAUUGGCUUGAAGUUUCUCGUGUGGUUGCAAAUGUGUGGCAUGCAAGUCAUUGUGAGCAAGCACUAGCAAGCAUCAGUAAAAAUUGUAAAGAAUAGAAAUGCUAAUUGAUAUUUGGUAGUCUUUUUUGUUUUUC